GCGAUGGAGACUGUUAAUCUGCCAGGGAGAGAAAAGUGAGGAAGAAUCGGCGAGUGUGCAGCGGUGCUCUGAUAACCAGGACUCUUCCUGCAGCGCAGCCUGGCUUCUCUUCCUGAUUCUGCCUGUUUCAUCACCAGAACCUGCUUUUCUUUUAGCAGCUGUAGAUAGAUUCUUGCUCCUCACUUGUUCCUCUUGAACUUCGAAUUCCUUCUAUUUCUCCUGGUGGAUGAAGAGGUUUUUUUUUUCUUUCUUUAACAUCUGUUCUCUCUGGUUGUCCUCCUUGCUUUACAACCCAUGGGCAUCCGUGCAUCUUGCAGACCAGAGCCUCACGGGCGUGGCGGUGGCUCUCAGCCGGGUCAGGCCGACGCUCAGCCCCCAGAGCAGGAUGAGGAGAUCCUGGGGUCCGACGACGAUGAACAGGAGGAUCCCAAUGACUACUGCAGAGGUGGAUAUCAUCAUGUGAAGAUCGGCGACCUGUUCAACGGGAGAUACCAUGUCAUCCGUAAACUGGGCUGGGGGCACUUCUCCACUGUGUGGCUGGCCUGGGACAUCCAGGAGAAGUGCUUUGUGGCCUUAAAGGUCGUGAAGAGUGCUGAGCAUUACACAGAGACGGCUUUGGAUGAAAUCCGGCUUCUCAAAUCUGUGAGAAACACAGAUCCCACUGAUCCCAGCAGAGAGAAGGUGGUGCAGCUGCUCGACGACUUCAAGAUCGCCGGCAUGAAUGGAACCCAUGUGUGCAUGGUCUUUGAAGUCCUGGGCUACCACCUCCUAAAGUGGAUUAUUAAGUCAAAUUAUCAAGGCCUGCCUCUGCCCUGCGUUAAAAGCAUCAUAAGACAGGUUCUGCAGGGCUUAGACUACCUGCACACCAAGUGCAAGAUCAUCCACACGGACAUCAAACCUGAAAACAUCCUGCUGACCGUCAACGAGCCCUACAUCAAGAAGAUGGCUGCUGAAGCCACGCAGUGGCAGAAGUCUGGAGCUGCGCCUCCCUCUGGAUCUGCAGUCAGCACAGCCCCAGCAGCCAAACCUAUGGCUAAAAUGUCCAAGAACAAAAAAAAGAAGAUGAAGAAAAAGCAAAAGAAGCAGGCUGAGCAGCUGGAGAAGAAGCUUCAGGAGAAGGAGGUUCCACCUGAUGCCGGAGAGGAAGAGGAGGAUGAGGAGACGACGGAGACCACAGAAGACACAGCUUCUUCAGCCAGCCUUUCAACGUCUGCUACAGUGCAAGACAUUGCAAAUCAUUCUAGCACAGAAUCCACUCCCGUUGAGCCGUGCCCGUCGAACCCCCAGCCGACUGAACAAGGGCAGGAUGUGGCGGAGAAGGACAACUCUUUGGAAAUCUACUUGAAUGGCCACACCUCCUCGCCGGAGAGCGCAGUCAAUGCGGAGGUGCAGGAGACCAAGCCGUGUCCAGAACAAGAGGAGCCGCAGAAUCCCAGCCAUCCUGAACACACCGACGUCCAAGACCCAACAUGUGAGGAGGAGACGCAUCAGACACACCGAGGAGCCGACGGCCGCCUGCAGCAGCUCCCCGACUCAGAAGGUGCUGUGGAGCCACAAGAUGGAGAAAGAGACCAGAAGGAGGCGGAGAACUGUGCGACUCAGCUGGAGACAGAAGGAGCAAAGCAAGCAGACGGAGAGAGCGACUCUGCAGGCAGUUUGCUAGUGAAUCCCCUGAAAGCCCUCAACGCCGACAAGCUGCAGGUGAAGAUUGCUGACCUUGGCAACGCCUGCUGGGUGCACAAACAUUUCACAGAUGAUAUCCAAACACGGCAGUACCGUUCUCUGGAGGUGCUGAUCGGAUCCGGCUACAGCACUCCAGCAGACAUCUGGAGCACGGCCUGCAUGGCUUUUGAGCUGGCAACUGGAGACUAUUUGUUUGAACCCCAUUCCGGAGAAGACUACUCCAGAGAUGAAGAUCACAUUGCACUGAUCAUCGAGCUUCUGGGUAAAGUUCCUCGAAAGCUCAUCACGGCAGGCAAAUACUCCAAGGAGUUUUUCACCAAGAAAGGUGACCUGCGCCAUAUCACCAAGCUGAAGCCUUGGGGUCUGUUCGACGUCUUGGUAGACAAGUACGAGUGGUCCAAAGAGGAGGCCCACUCCUUCAGCAGCUUCCUGGUGCCCAUGCUGGAUCUUGUGCCUGAAAGGAGGGCAACUGCCGCCCAGUGUCUCUCUCAUCCGUGGCUGGCGUCCUAAACGCACACACGCUAACCCGACAUAUAGAGAAAGGAGAAGUUCAGUAAGGGAAUCCCUUCAUGCCACCCGAGCCUCAGCAGGCCUCUUCCAUGUUACCAAUGUCGGCCUCCUCCACACACAUCCGAACUCCUGGGACUGCUGCUCAUCCUCUUUUUCUGGAUUUCACUGUGGAUCUUCAGCUUCCUGCCUGAAUCUGUUGUCCUCUUUUUACUGGCAGCACUUGAACUUUUCCAUUUGGCUUUCUUUCCUUCUGCAGCUUUCUCUGUUACGCCAUGAUCUCAUUUUUAAUGUGAGUGCGGGAUGCCAAUUUAAGUGAAACUCUUCUGAUCAAACCUGCAGCAGAAAAAGUUCACAAGUGAACCAUGUUUUUCUCCAGGCUUCAGUGUGUCUGCUCCUCUGCUUCUGGCUUCAGUUUGUUGUAAAGCCCUAAAUAAUAUUAAUUAAAAAUAACAAACUAGUGAAGAACUG